AUGCUUUCCAGGCCAUUGUUGCUUGCUCUGACGCUCUGCACAGGCGUCCUGGCAAGCUCAUCUUUUGAUAUAUCCACCAAUCCGCUCAGAGUCAAGACGAUCACCGGCGUCUUCACCGGCGUCGUCGACCCCGCGUUUCCCGAUGUCCGUCAGUUUCGCAGCAUCCCCUACGCUGAACCGCCCCUGGGCAAGCGGCGGUGGUUACCUCCCCUGCCGGUUUCCCCGUCGCUCCGGCAUUCGUACUCCCACCGCUUCCCACCGCCAUGCCCGCAGUACCUGACAAAGAACCUGACGACAUGGAACUCCAACAUCACCGACUUCUCCAUCCGCGUAGCCGGACAGAGCUUCACGGCCGGCGCCAUGGCCCAGACCUCCUCCGAGGACUGCCUCUACCUGGCCAUCUGGACGCCCAUGAACGCCACCGCCAACUCCAGCCUCCCCGUCGCCUUCUUCCUCCCUGGCGGCUCCUUCAUCAGCGGCGGCGUCGACGUGCCCUACCAGCAGCCCGCGCCCUGGGUGCAGCGCACGCAGCGGCACAUCUUCGUCGCGGCCAACUACCGCGUCAACAUUGCCGGCUUCCCCUGGGCGGCGGGGCUCGAGGAGCAGAACCUGGGCAUCCUCGACCAGCGCGCCGCGCUCGAGUGGGUCUACGCCAACAUCGCCUCCUUCGGCGGCGACCCGUCCCGCAUCACCCUCUGGGGCCAGUCGGCCGGCGGCGUGGCCGCGGACAUGCUCGCAUUCGCGUACCCGGACAACCCGCUCGCGGCGGCGCUCUUCCUCCAGUCGGGCACCGCCAUGGUCAACAUCAGCUACCCGGACCCCACGCACAGCAACUUCACCUUCGUCGCGCGCCACCUCGGCUGCGACUUCCCGGACGACCCGCAGGCCGAGCUGGCCUGCAUGCGGCAGGUGCCGAUGUCGCUGAUCCAGAACUUCAUCGGGCAGUACAGCGACAACGGCACGAGCAGCAGCACCACCGGGCCGCCACUGGGCCCGUUCAAGCCGCUGCCGGACGAGAAAACAGUCUUCUUCAACUACACGGCGCGGGCGGCGGCGGGGCAGCUAGCACGCGUGCCGGCGCUGGUGAGCACGACGGCGAACGAGCAGGCAUCGCUGACGCGGUACCCGGCGGGCAACGUGACGGCGGGGCCGUGGCAGCCGCGCGUGGACGGCGAGACGGUCGCCAUCUUCGCGUGCCUCGCCAGCAACACGACGCGCGCGCGCGCCCGCCUCGGCCUGCCCACCUACCGCUACCAGUACGCGGGCAACUUCAGCAGCGUCACGCCGCUGCCCUGGAUGGGCGCCUACCACGCCAGCGACGUGCCCAUGCUGUUUGGCACCUACGCGACGCUGGGCGACACGGCGGAGGUGACGGCAUUCCAGCGGGAGGUGGCCGAGGCGAUGCAGGAUUAUGUGCUGGCGUUUAUGGAGGAUCCCAAGAAUGGGUUGAGGAAGAAGGGGUGGUUGCCAUGGGGGGAGACGCAGGGGAGCGAGGUGAAGGAUGGGAGGAAUAUGCUGCGGUUUGCGAGCGGAGGGGUGGUGGCGAGGAAUGUGAGCGCGGACGAGGUUGACGAUGCUUGCAUCCUGGGCAGCCCGUACAAUUCGAGUCCGUAA